UCCGUCUAUAUUAAAGAUUACGCAAUUUUUUUUGUGUGAAAGAUAAUAAGAACCGCAUCGAACAUGAAGCAGUUGUGUAAUAAAUUGGUGAAUUAACCCUUUCCAAAAGAAACGAGAAAAAAAUUGUCUUUACGAAAAACACAAUGAUUCUGAAUUUCAAAAUCUUCUCCUGCAACGAAAAUGCUUAUUAUCUGGCUAUACUUGCUGUGCUUCUGUCCGUCAUCUAUUGCUUUAUUCGAUCACGUGGCCUACCGCCUGGACCUAUGGGCCUUCCCUAUAUAGGAUACUGGCCAUUUUUUGGCACUUCAACAAUACAUAUGCAGUUGAGAGAUCAAAGAAAAAAAUACGGCGAAAUAUUCAGUUUUACUGUCACCGGUCAUCUGUAUAUCGCUCUGUGUUCCUUUAACGCUAUUAGAGAAGUAGUAUUGAAAAAAACACAAAAUUUUGAAGCGAGGACAGAAAAUUUCACUUUGCUUAAAUUGUUCUUUGAUGGAGCUUUUGCUUUUGCAAACGGGGAAGAGUGGAAAGUUCUUAGAAAGUUUUACAUCCAACAAUUCAAAGAGUUGGGAAUGACGACUUUCAAAGAAGACAGAAAUGGGCCCAUUUACGAAGCUGUUAGAGAUUGCGUGAAAGUUUUGGAGAAAGCUGAUGGCAAACCACUAGAUAUUACUGAGGUCAUCGUGAAAGGAAGCAGCAAGAUUUUGAGGACAACUCUAUUUGCAGGGGAAGACUAUGUUACAGACGACAAUGUGAAAGAUGUAUGUCAUUCUUAUGAGUUUAUGUUAGAAAGUAUGACAGGACCGAACCUACUUUUGAUUGGAGAUAUUGCUAAAUAUCUAAUCUACCCAUUUACCAAAGGUAAACGCCUAGCAGUGGAGCAUUUGAAGAUCAUGACGAAAAACAUGUACAAAAUGAUACAAAAACACAGAUCUAGUUUCAACGAAAACAGUGUGAGAAAUGACAUCUUAGACAGGUACUUUAAAGAGAAAAUCGAAAGAUCAUCGCGCAAUGAUCCUACAGCUCAACAUUUCACAGACAAGGCAUUAGUAGGUGCUAUAUUUCAGUGCAUUGGUGAUGGUGUGCUAACAGUGGGAAUUUUUGUGAGCGCUUUUUUCAAUGCCCUCUUGGACUAUCCAGAAGAGCAAGAAAAGAUCUACAAUGAGCUGAUGGAUGUCGUUGGAGUAGACAGGGAUCCAGGCAUCGAAGACAAGAGUAGACUACCAUAUACCAAUGCAUUCAUCUUAGAAGUUGUGAGAACAUCCGAAGUUUUUCCAUUCAUACCAGAACUGGAGUGUACCAAAGAAACAACUAUUCUAGGAUACAAAAUACCAAAGGGAUCAAUGAUGUUGGUUAAUACUUGGGUGGCCCAUCACGAUCCUAGUGAAUACGAAGAACCGUAUAAAUUUAAUCCCUCUCGAUACAUUCCGGAAAAGGGAAGAAAGAAACCAGAAGCUCCGAUUUUAUUUGGAAUAGGAAAAAGAUCUUGCAUUGGUGAAGGAUACGCAAUGGCGCAAACAUUUCUUUUCCUUACAACUAUUGUUAAACAUUUCCGUUUAACUAAAGCAACGGAUGAAGGUAAUAGGCUGCUGUUUAAUUCUGGAAAGAUUGAAGUCUUAGCUUUCCCGAGAAGUCACACAUAGAAUGUGAACAGUUGUCAUGAACAACUAACUACUUAAAGAAAUAAAUAACUGUUAAUAAUUUUUAGGAAUAAAUUAUUCUAUUAUUCCACAAUAUGUAAUAAAAUAAAAAUCUGACAUAUAAACGCAAUUGUUAAUUUGAAUUAUAUAGUUGGUAUAAUGAACAGAAUGCUGUUUUAAGAAGGGCAGAUUGAAGUCGCAGCUCUCCCUAGAAAUCACACAUAGAGUGAGAAUAAUUGCCAUCAAAAACUAACCAUUUAAAAAAAAAUUACUAUAAAAUUUUUUACAAAUAUGUAUUCUAUUCUUCCUCAAUGAGUUAUAAAAUAAAAACUUAAAUAUAUAAACGCAAUUGUUUAUUUGAAUUAUAUAGUUGGUAUUUUGCACAGAAUAAUUAUAAACCAAGUUGAGCUAUUUAAAACUUGUUUUGAAUGAAAAGAAGGUUAAGAAAAGAGCAAGAAAAGCUCUUAUUUACUUGUUUAUUUUUUGAAAUAAAUAUGUAACUGAAUUUUGAA